UUCAACGCUAUCACCAAAGGUUGAAAUUUUUUUGUGGCCAGCCAGCCAUCUCACAUUCGCUAGCUGGUGAUGAGGCAGGCGAGCACAGAGAAUAUUUCUUCUUAAUUGUUAUAGUAGGGAAAAUCCAAUCAAAUAUAUUUUUAUCCAUAAUCCUACUCCACUAAUCCUCUCACCGGCGGCGGCAUCGGCCUGCUGCCUGCAUAUAUUAUAUAUAAGCUCACAAACCCAUUAAUUAAUCCCUUCUCUAUCCUGAAUGCCAUUGCCAUUCAUCUCUUCUUGCUAUGUGAAAACCAAUAUAAUUAUCAAAUACAAGAUAUUAAUUAAUCGAGUUACAGGCAAGGGAUAUCGACGAAAGAAAGAAAAAUGAUAAUGAAGAAGAGCAGCAUUAGCAACAACCCUCUGCAACUCAAGUCGUUGAAUCACAUCUCGGUGGCCUGCAGAUCGCUGGAAAGAUCUCUAGAUUUUUACCAGAACGUUUUGGGAUUCUUUCCCAUCAGGCGCCCUGGCUCAUUCAAUUUCGACGGUGCAUGGCUGUCGAAUUAUGGGAUUGGGAUCCAUCUUCUGCAAUGCGACGUUGACCUCGAAAAGGAGGACGUUCCUGCAGCAGCCAUCACCCGCAUUAAUCCCAAGGACAAUCAUAUCUCUUUCCAGUGUGAGAGCAUGGCGGUGGCGGAGAAGAAGUUGAAGGAGAUGGAGGUGGAGUACGUGAAGAGUAGGGUGGACGAAGGAGGAGUUUACGUGGAUCAACUCUUCUUCCACGACCCAGAUGGCCACAUGGUUGAAAUUUGCAACUGCGACAAUCUGCCGGUGGUUCCGUUGCUACCGGCGGCGGCUGCCGUGGUCGUUCGUGGCGGUGGCUGCAGAUCAUCGGAGUCCAACAUUCUGAGUCUCGGCCGGCCGUGUAGCACGCUGAAUUCAUCAACUUCAUCAUGAUUAUGAUUAGCAUAUAUAUAUAUAUAUAUAUAUAUAUAUUACUUGGAAAGUGUUAGAAAUUGAUUAAUUGUAUAUAAUUGAGUAAGUAAUGCUGUAUUUGUAAUGCCGUUCUGCAUUGUAAAAUAUGGAUUUCUUUUCGUUUUCUAAUUUAAUUAUGCGCAUGUUAAUUAAUUGGGUGGCUGCGUUUUUAAGACCUUUUUUUUCUUCUUCUUUCCUACGAGUCAACAGUAACAUUUACACUAUGUUUUCGAAGGAAGGGAGGAAAAGUAGGGGAGGUGAAGGAAAAUUAGGAGGGGAGGGGAGAUUUGGAGGUGAAGGAAAAUGUUGUUUUAUGGAGAAAAGUAGGAAGGAAAGUGUGUUUUGGGAAGUGUGAUGAAUAUGUUAUUAUUGGUAAUGUAAUAAUUAAUAGAGACUUUGUUUAUUUAAAAAUAGUGAUUUAACCACAUAAAUCAUUUAAAAAUAGAGACUUUAUAAUAAUUGAUCAAGGAUUCUAAAUCAAUUAAAAAUCAUUCAACUUAUUAAAAUUUUGUUGAUUUAUCAACAUAGCAACUAAUAACAUUAACAAAUAUGACAUCCACUUUGAAAUCGACAAAUUAAACUCGAAAUUUAACUAGACCGUUAAUAUUGACAGACAUUAGUCUCUUUUGUCUAUGACCCAACAUAUAAUUCUAAAGUGGCUGCGAUGUGACUUCCACGUCAUACAACAAUAAAUAGAAUUUAGCACU